GUCUCUAACCAACAGUCAGUCGUAAAUAGUUUAGCGAUUUCCGUCUUCAGCGGAAGGGAACGACAAGUCUCAGAUUUUGGAAGUAUUUACUCUAAGCAUGGAAAUAGGAACUGAAAUAAGUCAAAAGAUACGAUCUGCAAUCAAGGCAAAGCUGAUAGAACAAGGUGCUUAUGUUGAUGAUGAGUUACCAGAUUACAUCAUGGUUAUGGUUGCUAACAAAAAAUCCCAGAAACAGAUGACUGAAGAUCUCAGCUUAUUUCUUGGAGGAAAUACAGAUAAAUUCACAAUCUGGUUACAUGGGCUCCUGAAGAAGUUACAGUCCAUUAAUACAGAUGAAGCUGGUGGUAAGCACAAAUCUAAAGAGCGAGAUAAACACAGAGGAGAAAAAAGAAAGCACAAAACAUCUCAGGGAGAGAAAGAAAAAACAACAGAAGGAGAAAAACAGAGAAAAUUGUCCUCUGGAGAGAAAGAAAAGAUAGAGAAGAAAAAACCUGAAGAGAAAGCAGAAACCAGUACAGCAAAAGUGAAACCAGUUCAGCAGAUAGAGGAUGAACAACAUGAAGAGAUUGAAAUCAGUGAAAAUACUGAUGAAUUUAAUGAAGAGAACAAGGAAGCUGAGAUGAAUGAGCAGGUAAAGAGUACAUCAACGGGGAAACCCCCACCCACCAAGGCAGCCAAGUCAGACAAGUCAGCUGAUGUGAAAAAAUCCAGUACAAAAACUUCAACUAGAGAUUCGAGUAAAUCUAAAAGUUCAGCAGCAAGCAAACAUAAGAGUGAAUCCAAAGAACCAAAGAAACCAACAUCUUUUGUGGCAUCAGUAAAGAGGAGGUAUGAGGAAUUAGAUGAAGAAGAGGAAUACGAUCCUGCUAAUCCAGCUGUUGGCAGUGUUGCCAGCGUUGUCAGGGGACCACAGAGAAAAUCCAGUGUGCCAAAGUCUCUACAAGCCAACAAGUCUCUUUUAAUGAAGGCAGUGACAGAAGCUGAGAAAUCUGUCACUACUAGUAAGAAAAUUGAAUCCACAACAGAAUCAAAGCCAUCAAUGAGAUCAGACAGACAGCCUGUAGAUUUGAAGAAACGUCUGAAAACACCUGCUGGAAUUGGUCUACUUUCACGUUCAAAGAGGACAGAAUUAGAAGCUUUGAAAUACAGAGUUGAAACUGAGCCCAGUAAAGAUACAGCCAAAAAACCUCGCAGGUCCAGUGAAGGCUUUGAGAACAUGAAAUACACCAUAAGAAAUGAGACGGUUUCAAGGUCCAAAUCUCCUCCAAAGAAAACCCCACCAAAGGCGAAAGCUCCGGCUGUAGCACCUUCAAGGGUAGCUGCAUCAGCAUUUAGAGAGAUGGGACAUGUUAGUAAAGUUGUAGUGAAAAAAGAAAGUAAAGAGGUGGCCUCUGAUGCUGAAGAUGAAGGGAGUGAUGAUAACUCUGCUGACAUUGAUAGAAAUAAUAGUGAGGACAGUGUCAGUGCUAGUGAAGCAGAAGACACUGACUCUGGUGAGGAAGUUGAGAUAGAAGUCACAGAUCGAGCUGCUCAGACUGUCGUAAAUAUGAGAGACAAGAACUUCAAACUGGCUGAUACACAAGGAAGUUCUGAUAAAGAUUGUCAGACUGAAGUGAGGGAGAUUGGUAGUGGAGAAAGUAGCUCUUAUAAACUAUCAAAGGACAAAAUGGAGGAGAUAGAUAACAGUUUGUUGAAUCUCUUCAUUGAAAACCUCUUACCAUUUGAAUUUGUUGAAAAUGAGCCAUUUAGAAUGUUUGCAAAGACUCUUGAACCUAAAUACCACUUUCCUAAGAGAAAGAAAUUAAUGACUGAGGUUGGAAUGCUGUACAAUUCAGUAAAAGAUUUGAUGAAAUCAGAAAUGGCAGGAAACCAGUCCAUAAUAUUUACUCAUAAUUCCUGGAGCAGUAUGGAGGGUGAAACUUACGAUACUUUGACAGCUCAUUAUAUUAACAAAGACUGGAAGUUAAGAUCUUCAGUACUGAAAACUUCAGAAAUUUCUACACAUGAUCAUUGUGAAAGCAUUGCAGAACAUCUUGAUGAAACAAGAAUGAAAUGGAACUUGCCUGAGCCUGUUUUAGUGACAGACGAUUCAAAUACAGAACAUAGAGUGGUCAAGAUGCUUGGCUGGAAAAGAGUUUUGUGUUUUGGCUGCUGUAUUCAUACUGUUAUCAGAAGGUCAUUAAAGGAAAGGGACAUUAGUCAUUUUAUUGAGCAGGGUAGAAAGUUGAUUACAGAAGUUCUAGGUAACAGUGCUGUAAUAGAGAUGCUUGAAAAGAAAAAGAAAUUGCUUCUGUCAGAGGAGGUACAGAAUAAAUGUUUGGUCCUAGACAUUGGACAGAACUGGAGAAGUACUCUGACCAUGUUAGCAUGUCUGGGUGAGCAAACACCUGCUCUACAUGCAGCCAUAAUGGAUUCAGAAUUGACCAAUCAGGGAGUUGAUCUUCGCAUGAUGCUUUACACUUUCAGUCAGCAAUCCAGUGUUGAAACUCUGGUGAAGAUUUUAAAUACCUUCAAAACAGCUGCUGAAAUACUGACAAAUUCUGAAAGUCCGACUUUACAGAAGGUUAUACCAAUAUUCAUAAAGUUGGACAAGGUGUUGGAAGCAGACAAUGAUGAUAAUACAAUGAUUAGAAACAUGAAAUCAGACAUUAAACAUGAGAUCAAACAUUUCUUAGACAACAGUAAAGAGACAUGUCUGUUAGCUUGCCUUGUUCAUCCGCAGACUAAACAGAUGGCAUUUGUGUCACAGAAAGAGAAGGAGGACAUUAAAUCUUUGCUGUUUCAUGAAGUGAAAGCUCAGUGUGAGAAAGAAUUUCGAGAAAAUCAGGAUGAUGAGAGUAAAUUUAAGAAAGGAAAAAAAGGAAAUGUGAGACAGACGAAAGCAAUGUCAGAAAUGUUGGAGAAUACUGAUGUGAGAAGAGUUGUGGUUAACAAGGAGAGUGAAGAUAAUGGUGCUCAUGAUGGUGCUGCAGAAUAUGAUAAAGACAAUGUUGAGUCUACUGAUGGUGAGGUUACUGAAGAUGAGGAUGGUGACACUAGUGAUAUGGGUGAUGGCAACAGAAACAAAAAUAGAGGAACUGAAACAAACCAUGAAGUAAAUCAGCAAGCUGGUCCAUCAGGAGUUGGAAGUGGAGAUUUUCAGACUGAUAGUGAUGGUAAAAGUACCGCUAGAAAUGUUAGAACACCUUUCAGUGAUGCUGAUUCUAAAUUACAGAUGACAAACUUAUCUAUAACAGUUGAAAAUGACUGGCUAGAUGAUGUUAUUUGUGCUUCAGAUGAUCAGAGGUCACCAGAAGAAACUGCCAAAAUUGAACUGAAUCUAUAUAUGGCUGAACCUGCCUCAAAUAAAAACCCUCUGGCUUGGUGGCAGGAAAAACUGUUAUUAUAUCCGCACAUUGCCAACAUUGCCAAACGAGUGCUAGCUAUACCAGCCUCUAGCUUGAAUGCCGAGGAUAUAUUCAGCUUAGAAAGAAAGAAAGAUUGUAAAUCUUUGCAGAUUAAAGCUGAACAUAUUGAUAUGAUGCUGUUUCUGAAACAGAAUAAAGAACUGUAUGAAACUGAAUAAAGAACUGUAUGAAACUGAAUAAAGAACUGUAUGAAAAUGAAUAAAACAGAAUAAUGAACUGUAUGAAACUGAAUAAAACAGAAUAAUGAUCUGUAUGAAACUGAAUAAACACUGUAUGAAGCAGAUUAAAGAACUGUAUGAAACUGAAUAAAAUACCAUAUGAAACAGAAUAAAGACAUGUAUGAAACUGAAUAAAGACAUGUAUGAAACUGAAUAAAACACUGUAUGAAACUGAAUAAAGACAUGUAUGGAACUGAAUAAAACACUGUAUGAAACUGAAUAAAGACAUGUAUGAAACUGAAUAAAAAGACAUGUAUGAAACUGAAUAUAGUAUGUAUGAAACCGAAUAAAACACUGUAUGAAACUGAAUAAAACACUGUAUAAAACUGAAUAAAAUACUGUAUGAAAACACUGUACAAAACUGAAUAAAGACAUGUAUGAAACUGAAGAAAACACCAUAUAAUUCAAAAUAAAGAACUGAAUGAAACUGAAAAAAAACAACGCUGUAUGAGAGAUAGAUCGUGGAAAGCACAUAAAGUAGAAUUUUGAAUGAAUUAGUGAAGACUUUAUGAAUGAAUGCAUGUAGAAUAGCAGUUACUUCCUAUGGAAUGAAUUCUGACAAAAGUACCUAUACUUUUUGUUGCAUAUUGUGUGUCAUGGAGAGCAGCUCUAAGAAUGAUUUGAAAACACUGUGUGUUAUGUUUGGUAAAAAAGUUCAUUUAGUAUUGUCCUGUGAUUUCAGUAACUGUGUAGUGAUUUUAAUUCAUUAAAUUUCAUUUGAUUGGUGCAUACUUUAAGUAAUUUAUAAUAAAUAAUAGAAAUA